UUCCUUUUCCUUCUGCUGAACCCUAGAGGAGAAGAGGUGGUAUUUGGCCUUCUCUGUUUCUCCUGAGCACGCGGUCUCCGAUCGAUUGAUCGCCCAGGGCUGCUAUUGGGUUUUAUCGAGCUCUUUCUAGCUGCCGAUUGUUUUUUAUUGCUCAACGGUUGAAUAAGCUUAUUUGUCAUGGAAUUCAUGACCAUUUAGAACUUUAAGAGUUGGGGAAUCACAGAUGACUGCCCUGUUACAUUUGAAUUAACCUCAGAAUGGGGGGAGCUUGCUCAAGGAAGAGAGGUCACUCGGUUGAAGAUGAGGGUUCAAGGAGAGUGGCCUCUGGGAGACUCUCAAAGGCUGGUAGUUCCAAAUGGUUGCUAUUUUCUCUUCCGCGUUGUGGCUCAACUGUUCUCCAAAAGGGACAGACAAAGUGUCCUACUCUCAUGGAGCUGUGUGUUGCCAAGAUUCGAGAGGACAUUGCAAAAUACAGUAGCUUCUCUAUGUUACCCAGGGACAUAAGCCAACAAAUUUUCAAUGAAUUGGUCGAAUCUUUCUGCCUGACUGACGCAUCACUGGAGGCUUUCCGGGAUUGUGCUAUUCAGGAUAUGCUUUUGGGAGAAUACCCUGGAGUAAAGGACAGUUGGAUGCACGUUAUUGCUUCUCAAGGGAAAUCCUUACUGUCCCUUGAUGUUUCUUGUUCUGAUGUAACAGAUUCUGGAUUGCUUCAUCUCAAGGAUUGUUCUAACGUCCAGUCUUUGUCAUUUAAUUACUGUGAUCAAAUUUCAGAUCGUGGCAUGGAAUAUUUGUCUGGUCUUUCAAACUUGACAUCACUAAGUUUUAAGAAGAGCAAUGCGAUAACUGCGGAAGGAAUGAAAGCUUUUAGGUACUUAGUUAACUUGGUUAAUUUGGAUCUGGAGAGAUGCUUGAAAAUACAUGGUGGUCUUAUUCAUAUAGAGGGUUUAAAGAAACUGGAAACGCUCAACAUUAGAUGUUGCAAUUGUAUAAGGGAUGAAGACAUUCUUUCUCUAUCAGGCCUUAUAAACUUAAGAGAGCUACAAAUGUCAUCUUGCAAAGUCAGUGAUGCUGGCAUUUCUCAUCUGAAAGGUUUAAAGAAACUUGUUCACUUGAACUUGGAGGGUUGUCCAGUGACUGGCGCUUCUCUAGAGUUUAUUUCAGGUCUUGUCUCACUGUUGUAUCUGAAUCUUAGUCGGUGUUGUUUAUCUGAUGAGGGAUGUCGGAAUUUUUCUGAUCUAGUGAAACUCAAAGUCCUGAACUUGGCUUUCAACAACAUUACUGAUGCAUGUUUGAUGCAUAUAAAAGAUCUUAUUAAUUUGGAGAGCCUGAACUUGGAUUCAUGCAAGAUUGGGGAUGAAGGUCUAUUAAAUUUAAAGGGGCUCCUGCAAUUGAAAAGCUUGGAGCUAUCAGACACAGAAGUUGGUAGCAUUGGGCUUCGGCACCUUUCUGGUUUAUGCAAUCUAGAAAGUAUAAAUCUGUCGUUUACUAUGGUGACUGAUGGUGGCUUGAGAAAGUUAUCGGGGUUGACAUCAAUUAAAUCACUGAAUCUUGAUUCUCGCCAAAUAACCGAUGUUGGCUUGUCAGCUCUUACAAACCUUACUGGAUUGACACAUCUGGAUCUUUUUGGAGCUCGUAUCACAGAUGCUGGAACAAACUGCCUAAGACAUUUCAAGAAUCUACGCUCCCUUGAGCUGUGCGGUGGGUCGAUUACUGACGCUGGUGUGAAGAACAUAAAAGCUCUCACAUCCUUGACUCUAUUAAAUUUGUCUCAGAACUGUAGCCUCACUGAUAGGUCACUGGAACAUAUAUCAGGAUUGACGGCUUUGGUUUCUCUCAAUGUCUCGAACUCUCAUAUAACGAAUGCUGGACUGCACCACCUGAAGCCGCUAAAGAAUCUGAGGUCCCUCUCUCUGGAGUCCUGCCGAGUUACCGCGACAGAACUAAAGAAGCUUCAACUGUCUGCACUGCCCAAUCUGGUGAACGUGAGACCUGAAUAGUUCUGCUCUGAAGCAUGUAAAUACUCCACGGUGUGGGAGAACUCUUCUAUCGUAAAUAUUUCUUUUCUGUGGCCAAUAAAAUUUAUGGCUUGAAUAACAAUUGUACAUAUAGCGGUCAAGUUUCAGUUUUUAUGCUUGAAGGGUUUGGAAGACUUGCGUGUUGCAUGUGAAGAAACAUCUUUCAGAGCAUGAAAGAGUGCUGAUGAGCACUGAUCUUCUUCCUCACACUAUUUGCAAGCUACCGAAGCUGGGUUUAUGUUCUGUAAAUAUGAUACAUAUCUCAUGUAAUAUAUGUGCGCUAUCCUGAUUUAAUCGGUAGCUCUUUUAACAUAUCUCCUAUUAAGUAUAGAUUUAUUGCUUUCUUC